AUGAGCAAAAAUUCGCUGAAAAUCAAGCAGCAUUUCUCUGCGUCUCUUCACUCCGGUUGUCUCUCGCCUGGCGCCUUGCCGGAUCUUUGGCGCGAAACCGGAUACUACAAUCAUAACUUGAAGAGAAACCGUCUCCGACGACGAUUUUCCAUCUCCGACGCCACUCGUCGAUUUGCCAAUGGAUUCAGGCGACGAGAAGAUUUAAAUUCCAGGCAAAGCCGUUCUGAAUACACCGACGUCUUCCGAGGAAACCAAGAGGUGGAAAUCGAACUUUUAGAUGAUGUGGAGGUUAUGGAAGAUGUUCAGAUUCUGGAGGAAAAUGUGGAAGAGACGCAAUUCCCGGAUGACCUUCAGUUCGAAGAGCCGCUCUUCUUCGAGGAAAUCGAGGAACCGCUGCAAAUUCCAGAUUCCGAAAUUCAGCGAAUCGAUGCCAAUGACAUCAUCGAAGAUAGUUUCCUAUCGAUCAUCAAUGACGAUAAAUUUUCAAUAAACGAAUUCGAUCAAUAUUUGAAUGUCUCUCCACAUCUCCUACGAGGCCGUCUCCCAACAUGGUACUACUCGAGAAAGUUUACAAUUAAAAUCCCCCCCCCCCUUUGGUGCCGUCAAACGAAGCUAUUAGAACGCUACGGAUUCGGUUCUUUUAACAUUUUAAAAGUACACUUACGCCUUGUUAAAAAUAUCUCAAAAUUAUGCCAUAAUGUCAAAAACUAUAAAAAACUGUAA